AACUUCAAAAACAACAACAAUUUCAACGCACAUCACACUUACAUUGAGCCAUGUCAUCAAGAAAAAAGACGUUGUUAAAAGUAAUCAUCUUAGGCGAUUCAGGUGUUGGUAAAACUUCGCUUAUGCAACAGUUUGUCAACAACAAAUUCUCUCAUCAAUACAAGGCAACCAUUGGGGCUGACUUCCUUACAAAGGAAAUUAUUAUUGAUAACAAUAAGCCCGUUACAUUGCAAAUUUGGGAUACCGCAGGACAAGAAAGAUUCCAAAGUUUAGGUGUAGCAUUUUAUCGUGGUGCUGAUUGUUGCGUUUUAUGUUUUGAUGUCACGAACGAAAAGUCAUUAAAUAACUUGACCAGUUGGAAAGACGAAUUUUUGGUUCAAUCAAACGUUUCUAAUCCUCAAGAUUUCCCCUUUAUUAUAAUAGGUAAUAAGAUUGAUGUAGAUGAUUCUAAAAAGAUACCUUCAUUACAAAAGAAAUUACAUAAUAUCACUCAUAAUCAAUUAGGUGGAUUAAAUUAUCCAGUAUUUGAAACAAGUGCCAAGGAUUCAAUUAAUGUUGAAGCGGCAUUUGAAGUUAUUGCUAAAAUGGCUUUACAACAAGAAGAAUUGAAUGCUGCUAGUGGUGGCGAUGUCAAUGAUGAUUAUAAUGAUGCCAUUAAUAUUCAUUUAGAUGGUGAAUCAAGUGGUUGUGGAUGUUAAUAACCUUUUACUUUCUUUUAUAUCAAAAAUAGAGUUACUCUCAUUUUGUUUUUAAUACAUGAAAUACGAUUA